CCCUCGUCCCAACAGUUGUGAUUUUGUUUUCUCGAGUCAUUGGUGGUUUAUCAGUAAACACUAAAGGAUAUUUAUAGAGAUGAUGAUACGCCCUGCAUCGUCGAAAAACACUCUGCAUAACCUCUAUUCAUUGUUGGAGACAGAUUUUAAUGAUCCAAAUGCAACAAUUGAACCCACGCUAUACACUGUGAAGGGAAUGGCAAUCCUUGACAACGACGGCAACAGAAUUCUCGCCAAAUACUACGACAAGAAUAUUUUUCCAACAUCGAAGGAGCAGAAGGCAUUCGAGAAGAACUUGUUCAACAAGACCCACAGAUCGAAUACAGAAAUUAUUAUGUUGGAUGGACUAACGUGUGUCUACAGAAGCAACGUUGACUUGUAUUUUUAUGUUAUGGGAAGCUCCCAUGAAAAUGAGUUAAUCCUAAUGAGUGUGUUGAACUGUCUGUACGACUCGGUGAGCCAGAUACUGAGAAGAAAUGUGGAGAAACGGGCUGUCUUGGACAGCCUAGACAUUGUUAUGCUGGCGAUGGACGAAAUUUGCGAUGGAGGUAUUAUUCUGGACGCUGACGCAGCUAGCGUCGUCCAGAGGGUGGCCCUACGCACAGACGACAUUCCUCUUGGCGAACAAACUGUUGCGCAGGUUUUUCAGUCUGCCAAGGAGCAACUCAAGUGGUCUCUACUGAAGUAAAAUUUUUAUUCUUCUAUUUUUUCAAAUUAUAUCGUUCCAAAUGAUAUUCUGUUAUUAAUCAAAUUGUAACUCUCUUAAUAUCAAUAAACGUCAAGUAUUAUUGCUAAAUAUUGUCAGAAAAAUA